UAGAGCUGAGCCUGUAGCCGGGCGCCAUCUUUGACUCUGGCAGUGUUGGGUUUCUGCUGUGGUGUUGCUGCUGAGAGGCGGCGGGCGGCAGCGGCUAAGAAAGAAGAAAGACGUGGCAGCAAACGGGAGUCGGGCAUAGUGUCGACGGUUCGGUAAAGUUUCUGUUCUCUGAUUUGGGGAUAUUCCCUGCCCAAAAAUUUCCUGGAAAAUUGACUAGUAUUAAGUGUGAGUAAAAGGUGUCCACUUUUUUUUAAGUUUUGAUUUUAGUUUUGUCUUGGGUAGUAUUUGGCAAGAUUUAGCCUAGAAAUUAUGUAGUAUUUAUUACGUGAGAAUCAAAAUUGCUUUGUUACUGAGCUGGUUCAAAAUUUAGAACUCAUUUCUAUGUAUCAAAAUUGUUUUUUGUUUUUGUUUUUUGUUUUUUUGAAAUUCUUAAAUGGUAAAUGUACCAUUGUGAAAUGAAAUUUCAACUCCAAAAGUUUACCCUUUUACUAACUGGAGUAAAUGGAUAAUUAUAAAGUCUUUAGUUGAAGCCAUCACUAGUAAAGAAUUUGGAACCUAGGCUGCAUAAGCAAGCCUUUGCAGGGCCACCAUUGAAUGUCAUGCCAGUGUGACACUGGUGUUGCUAUAACAGAAGGAAAACAUCUUCCCUUAUUAGAUAGAAGCUUUCUGUAAUUUUGACAGUGCCAGUUCAGGAUGACUAUAGUGCUGCUCUGCCUUCUACAGCUUGCUGCACCACUCUGUAGUUACUCUAUAACUAUACAUUUCUAUCUUUUUUGGUUAAACACUCCCUGA